AUGUCUCAAACGAGCCCAUAUUCCUCCAAGCGGGCCCCCAAGGCUUCUGCUAAGAGCAGCCACCGGGCAGUCACCCCGGAAAACCUCCGUCGACACCUCAUGUCCCCAAAGGGUCAGCCAAAGAAGGCCCGAUCCGGUACCGAGCGAAAGCGUCGGGCCUCAUCAUCAUCAGUCUCGAGCGUCUCAUCAGUCUCCUCCUUGGACGACUUGAGCGACGAGGCUGAUGGAUCAGACGACGACGAUGCAGAUGACGAGGAAGAUAGGCCGUUGGCCAAGGCCCCGUCUUACAAUCGUCGUCAGAACAAGGGUCGUAAGACGGGGCGUCAGCCUGCCGUGAACAAGAAAAGACGGAUCUCUGACGACGACGACUGGGAUGGUGGUUUCAGCAGUAAUAACAGUGACUCCGAAGAGAGCUCAGAUGAUGUCUAUGCUGCUGUGGACUACAUUACUGAUGCAGAGGACGAGGAGCAGGACGUUGAAAAAAUGGAAGAGAUGAUGAUUCUAGAGUCUGAGAAUCACCAGCGCGUCCUCCCUUCAUAUGAAGCGAACGAACAGUGGAAUGCCACCACUGGCUUUGGGGACUCCAUGUUCCUCCCGGCUGCAUCCUUCUUCGACGAAGAACAUCUGUAUAGUGCCAUGGAAACUUUCGGCGAAACAGACAUAGCUUCUGAAGCUGUUGAAACCCCCGUGGCUCGCCGAGUCCACUUUGAAGAGCGCUCGGAUUCUUCAUCCGACAGUGAAUCUCACACAGAAGAUGAGAUCUCCGGUGAUUUCCUCCAGCAGGAUUCACUGGACCCUCAGCUGCGUCGCAUGAUCGAGAACGACAACCACGACCACCACCGUAGCCAUCGCCGCCAGUCUGAAGAGAUAUUUGCCGAUACUGAUUACGGUCACGGAAAUAUCUACCAUGUUGAAUCCGACGGAACCUCCGAGGGUAGCCUGAGCGGAUAUGAGAGUAUGCUGGCUGCCUGGACAUGCUUCUUUGAUUUCUUUGCUAAUCCAAUUCCAGCCGACGAUGGUGAUACCACUGAUGAAGAUCUUCCCCCUCCCGCUACCAUCACCCACCCCCGCUCUCUUCUUCGCCGUGACUCCACCGACUCCCUGGCCGCUGUCGGCGAUGACAAGUCCGACCCUGUCCCACGCCGACGGGGCCCAAUCAUGGGUACCUUCAAGGCCGAUCCGUACAAGCCCGUAGCGAUAGUUGACUGCUCGGGCAAGCAUCUUGUCAUCAUUCCUGCAUACGCCUCCUCCCGUCACGAUUGGCUCGACUCUACCGCCAACAGCAUGGCAGGCACUGCCAACAACAGCCCUCGUCAGACUACCCUUCACCUGGUCGAUGAGAGCGACACCGAUGCUCUCGCAUCCCCCAACCAAAUGGACUUCAGCCCGAUGCUGGCCUCCAGCGCCAACCUGAUGAUGACUGCCCUCGGCAACGAUCUAACACCGGGUGGCCAGGUCAUGGGCCCCCCUGAAGCCUUCUACCCCUCGCAAGACUUCGCCAUCGACAGCUCCUACGAGGACGAUGAUGAAGAUGACCCGGAGUCCGCUCUCAACGUCGACGACUUCAUCGACUUUGGCAACGGCUCCUCAGACGAGGAAGAAGACAUGGACAAGCCCUUCGACGACGAAGCACUCAUCUCCCCCAUGGCCAACCCCAGCUCCAUGCGCCAAACCAUAGGCUCUCACACCCCGACCCGCAACGAGUCACAGCCGGCCAGCAACCCCGCUGAGAGCUUCCUGAAUCACCUGGACAAGGGCAUCGUCACCGCAUUCCGUCGCAACCAUAACCGGUACCAGGCCCUCCUCCGCCUCCCUCAACACCGCGAAUUCAUGCCCGCCAACUCCCCCUCGCGACCAGCCAGUGUCUUCCGACACGCCAAGCACGCGGAUCAGCGCACUCCCACCCGGAAGCGCAAGGCCAGCGGCUACGCGGGCGGCGAGGCAGUUCGACGCAAGCUCAUGGAUGCUCAGCGUCGCACCCAACUCCCCUUCUAA